CUCCAUCGGGCGCCGAUGCCGCGGGCGGGGCAGGGCUCGGCAGGGCCGUGCGCGCAGUUCAGGGCGGUGGCGGAGGAGGGUCCCGGCGGCUCGGGGCGGUGGCGGAGGCGGGUCCCGGCGGCUCGGGGCGGUGGCGGAGGCGGGUCCCGGCGGCUCGGGGCGGUGGUGGAGGCGGGUCCCGGCGGCUCGGGGCGGUGGUGGAGGCGGGUCCCGGCGGCUCGGGGCGGUGGCGGAGGCGGGUCCCAGUGGCUCGGGGCGGUGGCGGAGGCGGGUCCCAGUGGCUCGGGGCAGGCCGAGCGCGGCGGCGGCGGGAGCUCAGUGCGGACCAUGGCGGCGGCGGGCGCGGGCGGGCGAGCGGCGGGACUGGCGGCGGGGCUGGCGGGGCUGGCGGCGCGGCCGCUCGGCGCGGCGGAGCCGCUGUCGCUGGGCUCGCUGCGGGGGAAGGUGCUGCUGGUGGUGAACGUGGCGUCGCUCUGAGGCACCACCACGCGCGACUACCUGCAGCUCAACGAGCUGCAGCAGCGCUACGGGCCCCGCGGGCUCCAGGUGCUCGGCUUCCCCUGCAACCAGUUCGGCCACCAGGAAAAUGGCACCAACGAUGAGAUCCUGCCCAUGCUGGAGCACGUUCGUCCUGGCAACGGGUUCAAGCCCAAUUUCAUCAUGUUCGAGAAGUGCGAGGUGAACGGGAAGGACGCGCACCCGCUCUUCACGUUCCUGAAAGAGGCGCUGCCCUUCCCGCACGACGAUCCCUCCUCGCUGAUGACCAACCCGCAGUACAUCAUCUGGUCCCCGGUCUGCCGCAACGACAUCGCCUGGAACUUCGAGAAGUUCCUCAUCGGCCCCGACGGGGUGCCCUUCAAACGCUACAGCCGGCGUUUCGAAACCAUCAAGAUCCAGGACGACAUCGAGUUGCUUCUGCAGAAGGCUCCCUAGAAAGUCCUCUGCCCAUUCCCCUCGCUCCCUGCUCCCCUCACUGUGCACCUGCUUAUUUUUCUCGCAGGGAGCUGCUGCUCUGGCAGAAAUCCCAAUGUCUCGUGCAGGUUUUGCUUAUGAUGGUGCAUCUUCCAAAUCCUUGAAGUGUACCUGAUGUUUUCAAAAGUUGCACGGGAAUGUUUGGGAAGCUAAGCCAGGGCAAGCAGCUGUGAAUCUCAGUACCUUACUGUGAUUCUCUGAAUAAAGAAAUGUGUACUUUCUUUAA